AUGAGUAACUCAAACGACAGUGCAUCAAAGGCUUUUCCUCUCGCCACUGAAGAGAUGAACGGACUACUUCUUGACCUUGUUCAACAGGCUGGAAAUUACAAACAACUCAAAAAAGGAGCUAAUGAAGCUACGAAGGCUUUGAACAGAGGACAUGCUGAGAUUGUUUUACUUGCAGCUGAUGCUGAACCUCUUGAGAUUAUUUUACAUCUUCCGCUUCUAUGUGAAGAUAAGAAUGUUCCUUAUAUCUUUGUUCACAGUAAGGUAGCCUUAGGUAGGGCCUGUGGAGUUUCCCGUCCCGUGAUUUCUUGUGCCAUCACCAGCAGGGACGGUUCGCCUCUCAACCAGCAAAUUGUUGAAGCUAAGGACAACAUAGAACGUUUACUAAUUUAA